AUGAAUGCAAAUUAUAUUUUAAUUUUGCUUUCAUUAUUUGCCUAUGUGGAGUCGGCAAAGAAAGAGAAGAAAAAGAAACCCGAACCCGAACCCGAAGAAGAACCCGUCGAAUAUUGGAUCACAAAUGCCUGCUCGGCAUAUGAUCGAUGCCUUUCCAAAUAUGAUCUCUUAGUAUCGGCAUGUGGAGAUGAGAAGCAGUUUAGGAACGAGGAGCCGUCGGACAGCUGCUAUCAGCCGAUUGCCAAGUUGUUUGCCGAAUUGAUUUCGAGGAAGAGGAGGAGGGCGGAGUUGCUUAGAGAAUGCUACAUCACCGGCCACGUCGAUCAAGUCGACGACUCGCAAUUCGAAAAAGCGAGCGCCAAAAAACGCCACCAAUCGACGUGCAUCCGGAAAAUCGCCGAAUUCGAUCAAUACUUUUACGGGGAUGACGUGAAGGACGCGAGGAAGAGGGCAAAGACAAAGAGCCAAUGCAAGGCUAUCGCGAAGAGAUUUAAGGACAGGUGCAACCGGAUAGAGAGCUGCUGUAUUCGAGUAAAAAUAUGUCGAGCCCUAGUUGCUAGACACCCGAUGGUGGAAACAAUGCGGGAAAUGGAGGAACGGAUCAAAGAGGAACGCCGUCACUGCAAACAGGGAUCACUCGAUAUG